AUGGGACCGCGCCAUCCUCUCUGGGUUCUUGCGAGAAAGGCUGAAGAAGAGUCCGUCUGGCUCAUGCCUGACUUUGGCUUCUGGUCCUGGGGACAUCUUGAUAGCAAGAUCGGACCGUAUGACCAAGUGGUUGAGCAUGUCCGACAGCGGGAUGUACCCUGGGACCAGAAAAGGGAUAAGCUGGUAUGGCGUGGGAAGCUUAGCUUUGCACUGAAACUGCGGCGGACGCUGCUUGAGGUUGCGCGGGGCUAUCCAUGGGGUGAUGUGCGAGAGGUGGAGUGGAGUAACAAGGCCAACUUUCUCAGCAUGGAGGAGCAUUGUGAUUACAAGUUCAUCGCGCAUGUGGAAGGGCGUUCCUAUUCCGCGUCUCUUAAGUAUCACCAGGCAUGUCAGUCGGUUGUUGUUAUUCACAAACUGCAGUACAUCCAGCAUCACCACUAUCUCCUCGUCUCCUCCGGGUCACAGCAGAACUUUGUCCAGGUUGAAAGAGAUUUCUCGGAUUUGCCGCAGAAGAUGCAGGAGCUUCUGGAUAACCCUGCUAAAGCUCAACGGAUUGCAAGGAAUAGUGUGAAUGUGUUUCGGGAACGCUAUCUGACAGCAGCAGCUGAUGCAUGUUACUGGAGGGCCCUGCUGCUGGCGUGGGCUGUGGCCUCUCCUGCUCUCACUCUGAGUGCUCCUCAAAAUGGUCUCCGAUACAAGUCAUUCUUAUUGCUUGGAGAUAGCAAUAUGAUGCGUUUUGGGCGAUGA